CACCACCAUCGUCAUCAUCAAUAUCAAACAUCAAAUGGAAGUCAGCGCCAUGGGUUGUACGGAAACAAGAACACCGUUGCUGUCGACCAACGAUGUUGGCAUACCCAAAACCGGUUCGGUUUCAACCAUGAGAUCGGAAUUCUUCUCGAAUUUGCCCCAAAAGAUUCGAUCUGUACUCGAUCCCAACAGCCCUUUUCAUCUCGACCUCUCCAAAGCCUCAGGGCUCAAAGGCGGUGAAAAGGAAUAUUACGAGAGACAGUUAGCAACACUGAAAUCCUUCGAGGAAGUGGAGUAUUCCGUGGCUCAGCCGCCACAAUAUGGCAUGGACGACGAUGACGGAGAACGAGGACGAGCUGAAGAAGCUGCACAGGAACGAGCCAUGAAAGUCUCCAAUUGGGCUAACAUUCUAUUACUUGCUCUCAAGAUAUAUGCGACGGUGAAGAGUGGGUCGAUAGCGAUAGCGGCGUCGACGCUGGACUCUUUGUUGGAUCUCAUGGCGGGAGGAAUACUUUGGUUCACGCAUUUGUCGAUGAUCAACGUUAAUAUCUACAAAUACCCCAUCGGGAAGCUUAGGGUUCAACCUGUCGGAAUUGUUAUCUUUGCUGCUGUUAUGACCACUCUUGGAUUCCAAGUGCUGAUGCAGGCUACCUCCGAAUUGGUUAAGAAUGAGGCGUCGGAGAAGAUGAGUAAUGAGCAAUUGGCUUGGUUGUACUCGAUUAUGUUAACCGCAACCGCAUCGAAGCUCGCCUUAUGGCUCUAUUGCAGAACCUCUAAAAACAACAUCGUCCGUGCCUACGCAAAGGAUCAUUACUUUGAUGUGGUGACGAAUGUGCUUGGACUGAUCUCCGCGGUUCUCGGAGACGAAUUCUACUGGUGGAUCGAUCCCGCGGGCGCCGUACUUCUGGCCAUCUACACAAUCUCCACGUGGUCUAGAACUGUAAUGGAGAAUGCAGUGUCGUUGGUUGGACAAUCAGCUCCUCCCGAGGUUCUACAGAAGCUGACGUAUCUCGUGCUCUUCCACGGCUGCGACGGGAUCAAGCGCAUCGACACAGUUCGUGCCUACACUUUCGGCCUUCUUUAUUUCGUCGAGGUGGAUAUCGAACUCCCCGAAGAUAUGCCGUUGAGAGAAGCUCAUGCGAUAGGGGAGAUGCUGCAGACGAGAAUGGAACAACUCCCGCAAGUGGAAAGGGCGUUUGUCCAUCUCGACUAUGAAUGCCGACACAAACCCGAACACUCUGUUAUUGUCAGAGUCCCCGAUGAUAUCUGAUUAAGAUUUCGUA